UGUGGGAGCGAGCGAGCGAGCGAGUGUUUACUUCCGGCCGCCGGGCUGAGGCCGAGCGAGGCGGGCGGCGGGCGCGGCGGCCCCGCGCAGCCAUGGACUGGCUCAUGGGGAAGUCGAAGGCGAAGCCCAAUGGCAAGAAGCCGGUGGUGGAGGAGAAAAAGAUGUACCUGGAGCCGGAGCACACCAAGUCCAGGAUCACCGACUUUGAGUUCAAGGAGCUGGUGGUGCUGCCCCGGGAGAUCGACCUCAACGAGUGGCUGGCCAGCAACACGACGACGUUCUUCCACCACGUCAACCUGCAGUACAGCACGAUCUCCGAGUUCUGCACAGGAGAGACGUGCCAGACGAUGGCUGUCUGCAACACGCAGUACCACUGGUACGACGAGCGGGGCAAGAAGGUCAAAUGCACGGCUCCCCAGUACGUAGACUUCGUCAUGAGCUCCGUGCAGAAGCUGGUGACCGACGAGGAUGUGUUCCCCACCAAGUACGGCAGAGAAUUCCCCAGCUCGUUCGAGUCCCUGGUGAAGAAGAUCUGCAAGUACUUGUUCCACGUGCUGGGCCACAUCUACUGGUCCCACUUCAAGGAGACGCUGGCGCUGGAGCUGCAGGGACACUUGAACACGCUGUAUGCGCACUUCAUCCUCUUCGCCAGGGAGUUCGGCCUGCUCGACCCCAAGGAGACCGCCGUGCUGGACGACCUCACGGAGGUGCUGUGCGGGGGCGGGGCCGGCGGGGGCCCAGGGGCACAGAACCACGUGAAGGAGAGGUGAGCCCCCGACACGGUGCACAUAUGCAAAGAGACGAUUGCGUGUCCUCUCCGUGCGUCUGCGUGUGUGCGCACACGUGGCUGGGCACGCUCGCCGGCGUGGUCGAGGGGCCCGGCGGCGCUGGGCGAGGGCUGCGGGCCGCGGGGGCCGCGCCGUGCUGCACGGCUUCGCUGUUGGGUGGGUGGGUGCCGGCUGAGAGAGGAGGCUUGGGCCCACCCGCCCACCCGCCACUCAACAGGCGUCCUCCGGACCCACGCUCCGAGUUUCCCUCCGUGGGGUUUUCCUGCCCCUGGUUUUCCAGGCGGCCCCGCCCUCCCGGGGGCUGUGCCGGUCGGAAGGGUCCCUGGGAGGUGGGUGUGCUGGGGGGCUUGCUUUGCAGACUCGGCUUCUGCGCUGCUGUGCGGUGGGGCAGCUCCUGCAGGGACCCCUGCGCCCCGCCCUCCUCCCCGCCCGCCAGGGUCUUGCUGUUGGUGGCUCGGCCGCGGGAGGCCUGGGCCGGCCCGCGAGGCUGUGCCCGCUCCUGUCACCUCUUCCUGCCGCCACCUCCCGGCAGUCAGCAGGCAGGUCGGGAUGGGGCUGGAGGAGACGCAGCUGUCAGCAGAAAGCCGCUUAUUUUAGUUCAUCUGUUCACUCGUAAUAAAAAGAAUUCUCUCAGGUCA